CGCUUCACCGCGACCCCACUCGGGAUAAGCGGUUUCUAACUCUGCGUGUGCGUGUCUUAAGUUCGGUGUGCUCUACGGCGAAACCGUAACUUCCGGCGCAUUUGUUCGUGGGAGUUGUAGUUUUUACGGAAAGCUGUUGUGACGCAAAAUUAUAGCGACACCUCGUCCAUGUGUUGGAAUGACUUCGAAACGCAGGAAAAAUGAUACAGAGACCGUGGGGACGGGGAAAAAGAAAGAUAAACGAGAAGAGACACCGAAGAUUUCUGAAAUAACGGAGGACACAGACGUGAGGGACAGAGUGAAAGUAGCAUGGCUCAAGAAGGAGCACCUCUCACAUGGUUCCAUAGAGCUGGACUGUCGUCCUUUUCCACACUGCGUCAUAAAGAACUUCAUCCGAAAUGAGGGUUUCCUUGAGAACCUGGAGAAAGAACUGCUGGAUUUAAACUUUCACGAAAAGUCAAACGAUCUGUACAAAUUCAAACAGUCUGAUGAUCUGAAAAAGCGGAAGGAGGCUCAUAUUGCUGGACUGAGGGCCGUGUUGUUCGAGCGGUUCCGUCUCUGGUUGUCCAGCGUGUUUGCUGUGGAACUGGAGCCCGUAGUGGACGUUUCCUGUGCCAAGUAUGAGUACACCGAUGUGCUGCUCUGUCAUGACGACGAAUUGGAGGGCAGGAGGAUAGCCUUCAUCCUGUACCUGGUCCGUCCCUGGGAGAGUAGCGACGGUGGCACCCUGGACCUUUACAGCGUGGAUGGAAACAACCAGCCGAAAGACAUAGUGAAGUCGCUGGUUCCUUCCUGGAACACACUGAUUUUCUUUGAAGUGUCACCUGUUUCUUUCCACCAGGUGGCUGAGGUCCUUUCAAAGGACAAGUGCCGCCUGUCAGUGAGUGGCUGGUUUCACGGGCGCUCCCUAGAGCGCCUCCCUCGCUACAUAGAGCCGGCCGCCCCCCGGAGCCCACACCUCCCCCGGGAUGAGGAACUGCUGUUGGAAUGGAUCAACCCCAUCUAUCUAGACGUGGCCUACCAGGCCCAGGUGCAGGAGGAAUUUGAGGAGAGUUCAGAGAUUCUUCUGAAGAACUUCCUCAAGGAGGACAAGUUCGAGCAGGUCAAUGAAGCUCUGAAGCAGAGUGAGAUCCAGUGGGUGAAAAGGGGUCCUCCCAACAAAAGGAGUUACAGGUGGGCAGAGCAGCAGGGCCUGCCCCCGUGCGUGAGUGCUUGCUGGGAGCUGCUAUCGUCUGAGGCCUUCUUCCUGCUGCUGUCCAACUUCACUGGUCUCAAACUGCACUUCAUGGCAGCUGGGGAUGACACAGAUGAGGAGGAAGAGGAAAAGGAUGAGGAGAGGGCAGCAGGAUCAACUGAUCCUGAGCCACGUGCAGCGCCUGAAAGGCAGAAAAGCGAGCAGGAGAAAAGUGCCAAGGAGCCCAGCACUCCGCUUUGCCGUGGGGAACUGCGUUGCUGGGGACAUGGGGACUACACCCUCAUUCAUGACACGAACGUGGACAGCAUGGAGUUUGCCUUGGAUCUGCUGCUCUACUUUGGUUGUGAGGGCUGGCAGGCAGAUUUUGGAGGCUUCACGUCCUACAUUGCCAGCGGAGAAGAUGAAGAGCUCCUCACGGUGUCUCCGGAGAGCAACUCCGUGGCGCUGGUGUACAGGGACAAGGAAACGCUCAAGUUCGUCAAGCACGUGAACCACAGGAGCCUCGAGCUAGAGAGGAGCAGCCCUCGGGGGACGUCAUUUUACGACUUCUCCUUUGUAUAUUACGAGUGAAGGUGGAUUCUCUGCCAUGUCUCAGGAGAAUAGGGAGACUCUUUGUACUCAAAGGUAGGGCUGGUUGUCAUCCCUUCGCUUUAUUGACAAGGCUGCAAUAUCCACUUUGGUUUGGUGAAGGGAGAGAUGUGCCAGUUCACUUUUUUAACAGUACAGUCAAGAUGGGGCUAAACUCUUGCUAAAAAAAUAAAGCCGAAACUGGCAAAGUUUCUUGUAA